UGACGCGCGCGGACGACAGAUGGUAGCAGACGCCCGCCAGGCGCGCCUCGCUAACACACGCACUCUCACAGGGCCAACCAGCGCGACACCCAAUGCACUGCACAGCAGUCACAACUAACCGUGCGCGACAUGAGAAGAGACAUGGCAUACUGUGUAUGAAACAACAGCUAAGCGUGUACGGCAGAAGAGGUAUGGUACACAGUGUAUGACGCAACAGUGGUACCGAGCCCGUAAAGGAGAUAUAGGAGGCAUGGCACGCGCUGUGUGGCCGCGACCAUCAUAACUAGCCGUGCAUGACAUAAAAGGCGUGACACGCGGUGUAUGACACAGUGGCUAACCGUGUAUGACACACGAGGCGUGACACACGGCAUAAGACGUAGAGAGCACCGGUCGUUGCACGUGAAACAUGCAUGACACAACGGGCUUGAGUAAUUGAUGUAAUAGGAGAGAGAAAAGAGGAAAAUCAGUGCCUGUAGCUGACAUCGAAAGAAGCACCACCUGUGGGUGACACAGCAGGAAUCACCGUAUCAUUGAGACAGCAGCAAUCACAAUCUGUGGGUGACACAGUGUGUAUCGGAGCCUAUUGGUGACAAAUAGAAAUCAGAGGCUACUGGUGACACAGCAGGAAUCCUAACCCGUGGGUGACAAACAGGAAUCGAAGCCUACUGGUGACACAGCAGGAAUCACAAUCCGUGGAUUGAAUGACAGUAAGAAUCACAGACUCUGAGUGUAGGAACAUUCUCUCCACUGCGUUAAAAACAGCGGCAGCAAUCAGUAUACGGUCGUACGGAGGUGCGAAUCGCGUGUGUCAAUCAAUAGAGCUGCUCCUCUCACAUUGACAACGCUGCUGCUGCUGCUGCUGCUACGGCUUCUGAUCACAUAUACGCUAUACUACAGGAGCGUGCACUAACGACGAAGGAGCCAGAGUCACCCGGAACUGCAACGUGCGAAGAACCAACGGUAGAAUACAGGACAGUCCCGAUCAGAGAGAAAGGGUUCCCGCGUGAACAAAAGACUCUCCGAUUCAACGUUCCGAUCGCACAUACUCAUUACUACCAGUUACGAAGUGAAGCCAACAACACACUGAGUCCAUCGAAUAAACAUUCAGUAGCGGAGGAAUCUGAACAAGAGCUGACACAGGAAGAGUGGAACGUAUCAAACGGUGGCUACGCGCAUGCUCGUCAGUGAUUACCACGGUCUGCGUCGCUGUGAGAGCGCACAGGAGAGUGAGACUGUGUGUAUGUGUAUGUGUGUGUGAGUGUCAGACGGGCUGCCUGAUUGGCGGGCUGUGCUGGAAUCAGCCAGCACUAUAGCGCGCAGGUAAACGCCUACCGUAUAUAAUACAGGUAUACUCAGCCGCGUUCACACAGCUACACGUAGUAACCGACAACAAUGAUGGGUAGCAGCAGAUAGCGACAGGUAGUAGCCGAUAGCGACAGGUAGCAGCCGAUAGCGACAGGUAGCAGCCGAUAGCGACAGGUAGCAGCCGAUAGCGACAGGUAGCAGCGGUCAACGACAGGUAGCAGCCGAUAGUGACAGGUAGCAGCGGUCAACGACAGGGAGCAGCGGUCAACGACAGGCAGCAGCCGAUAGUGACAGGUAGCAGCCGAUAGUGAUAGGUAGCAGCCGAUAGCGACAGGUAGCAGCGGUCAACGACAGGUAGCAGCCGAUAGUGACAGGUAACAGCGGUCAACGACAGGUAGUAGCCGACAGCGACAGGUAGCAGCCGAUAGCAACAAGUAGUCGCCAGCGACAGCUACACAUCCCCAGAUUCUCGUUUCUCUCAACAGUAUCACGCGACGUCAUAACGCCCCCCCCCCAGAGAUUUUCGCACUACCGUGUGAGCAGGCGAUGCCAUGAUCAUCGCUGAUAUGUGUUUACCUGAGGGUCGCGUGCGUGUUCAGGGAGGAGCUGCGGUGAUAGUUGUCAUGUAGAUAGACCACGUACAUGCACAUGUCAGGUAUAGCUAGCUGCUGCAACUACGCACACACUGCCGUGAACGCUGUGAGACUGUGCGGAAAGCCUAAUAUCCGGACGGUACAAUGCGACAAUAACUGCAAUAUUAUCGAGAUAGGUGCAAUAACCAGGGAGCAGUACAAUCAAAAGGCGAAGAGUGGCACGUACGGGCCAGUGCAAUCAAGAGACGAGCAGUGGAUUGCAUAACUAUUGUAUUCAAGAGACGAAAAGUGAAUGCGUGUACCACAAGUGCAAUAAACACACGAGCAGAGCAAUUGAUGUGUGUGCAAUAAUCAAGUGCAAUUCACAGGCCGACAAGUGCAAUUUACAGAGCGACUAGUGUAAUCCACGAUGCCGCGCGGAUUUCUAGUGAAGAGACGCGCGCGCCCUCACGUGUGCGUCUCCUACCGCGCCGCUUCUGUCUCCGACGACGACCGCAGCGACGACCGCAGCGACAGCGACGACCACACCGACGUCGGCAGUCAGUCGGCAUGGUCUCCCGAGCCGGCGCGCAAUGGCAACUGGAACGUUGGUCGGCCGCGCGACGAAAACGCUCACCAGGCGGCGUGGUCGCCGGAACCUCCGGCCGGCGGCAGAGCGUGGAUGCCGACGCUGUGCCGACCGGACAAGUGGUCGCCCGAGCUGUGGCGGGCGGCGCGCAGCAGCCCCAUACGCGUGCCGCUGUACCGCGGCGGCGGCGGCGGCGGUGACUCCGUCAGUGACCGCGAUUCGCCGCUCAGCCUCGACUCCCGGUCCCCGGGCUCAACGGCGUCGAGUUCUCCCCUGCCGCUGUCCAUCCACCCGUACUUCACGGCCGGCACAUCGCCGCUGCUUUACAUCAACGGCUUCGACAAGCUGAGCGUGCACUCCCCGGGCAACAUGCCCGCCACGCCCAAGCGCGCCACGCCCACCAGGCCUGACAACAGCAGCUCCCCCUCAUCGAUGUCCAGUCCGUCGAAGCGCCGCCUGGUGGGAGACCACGGCAAGCCGCGCACGCCGAAGAAGUCACGUGCCGCGCGCCGGCUGUGUCUCGACGACGAGACGGCGUCGCCCGUAUCCGGUACGAUCAUCCGGGCGGCGCGCGACAGCGACGACGCGGCCGCCGACAAUAACGCCGGCGACGACAUCGUCGUCGAGAAGUGCGCCGACAUCGACGCCGCGCUCAAUCUCGUCGCCAUGACACCGGAAGCGUGCGCCGACCUCGCGAAGAUCGAGAACCGCAUCGGCGCGUACGUGUGCCAGCUGUGUAAGCAUCGCUACGAGGACGCAUUCCAGCUGGCGCAGCAUCGCUGCUCGCGUAUCGUCUAUAUCGAGUAUCGCUGCCCCGAGUGCGACAAGGUGUUCAACUGUCCCGCCAACCUCGCCUCGCACCGCCGCUGGCACAAGCCGAAGCCCGAGGCAACGUCGCCGCCGCGGGAGGAGAAGAGCGACGGUGGCGACGCGCCGAGGGAGGAGCAGCGCCGUCUGGAGGAGACGACGUGCAACUCGGAGGGCGAGUACAGAUGCGGCACGUGCGGUAAGACCUUCAAGCGGCAGGCAUACCUGCGGAAGCACAUGCAGGCACACCACGUCGGUGGCGCCCCGGCUACGCCACCGCGCCGUCCGCCGACGUUCGACGGCGGCGCCGACAGAGUGCGCCACGUGCUGGCGCUGCACGGUGGCGCUGCAGGCGCCGCGCUGCGGCAGCACCGGUGCAUCGUCUGCGGCUGCGGCUUCGGCACACGCGCCGAGCUUGACAAGCACGCGCGCACACACGUCAGCGACACGUACCCGUGCAAGUAUUGCGACAGCACAUUCUUCACGUCGCCCGGUCUCACGCGACACAUCAACAAGUGUCAUCCGACGGAGAACCGCCAGGUGAUCCUGCUGCAGCUGCCUACCAUAUGAACGAGAGACGCGUCCGUCUACAAACGACGGUCGGUCCGGUCUUCAAAUGCGCGAACGACUGUCGCGUACCUCUAUGAAGGCGAACGACGGUAGGGAAAGUCUACGAUCGGCGUUAUACGUCCGAUCUGUGAACACACACGACGCUUUAUGUCGUCAAUGAACACAAACGGCGAUGGGUGUGAGUCCAUAACUACGACUAACGGCCUGGUCAACUACUGUGGAGGACGCAAGUUUGCUUACUAACCAAGCUAUUAGCCAAACGGCGAGACUAUAGAAAACAACAAUAUAUACCAAAGUAAUCUCCACAGAGAGACUCAUCUAGUCCUAGCUGAAAUCAUACAAGCAGCAUUCAUGACGUAACCAACAGUGGAUCCAGUCAUCUGCACAGAUUGAUGAUGUAACCGACAGUGGAUCCAGUCAUCUACACAUAUUGAUGACGUAACCGACAGUGGAUCCAGUGAACUACGCUGACUGAUGACGUAGACAACAGUGACUCUAGUGGUCUACACGGAUUGAUGACGUCGUAGACAACGAUGGAUUCAGUCCGAUACACAGACUGAUGACGUAGACAAGAAUGAAUCCAGUCAUCUACACAAACUGAUGACAUAAUUAACGACAGAUCGAGUCCGCCACAAACCAGACUGGAGCCAGGCGUGAAAAAGGGUGGAUCAAGUUUUUAACACAGACUGAUGACGUAGGCAACAGUGGAUUCAGUCGGCUGUACGGACCGAUAACGUAACCAACAGUGGAUGCAGUCAUCUACUGAAUCACGUACACAGAAUGCCGAUGUGCAGAAAGGUUACGGUGAACCAAGUGUAGGCGAUGGUGGCGUCAUACGCGUAAAACAACGAUUGAAUCGGUCGUGCUACAACCCAUUUUGUGCAAUACCCGCGCCCCCACCCUAACCCACCGGAUCCUCCGUGCCCCAUGGUCCACCCACACUGCGAUUCACUCCAGCUCACGACCCGCCCCGUCCCAGCAUCGUUUCCAAGAGGCUUAAUACAUUCGCUUAUUGACAAGUGCCUGCAAUUAACUGUGCCGUCCCUAAUGUACGCUGCUAUACUCAAAGAAUCGAUCGUAAAACGACACAAUCUAUUUAUUAUCCGACUUUUAUUUUAAAUCCUAUUUAUGUAUACAGAAAUUAUGAUUCUACGAUGUUUUAUUUAUUUUUCGGAGAUAGUUAUUUGUGUUGUUUUGUGUUAUUUAAAAGUGUCUUACAUAUACAAUUAACUAGUCAUAAAGUAUUCACGUAGUUUCGCAUUUGUCAUCUUUUGUGGCAAAUUUUUUUUCGUCAAACUGCCAAAGUCAAUCUUCGUUUGAAGUUUUAACACAUAUAUAUGUAGCAUCUAAGCAUAAAUGUCAGCUGAUACGCAUUGCUGCUCACUUGUUUCAGUUGUAGUAAAUGUCUAUUUAUAGCAAGACGUAUAUUUUUGCAAGACGCACCUAAGCUUAUAUAAAUGUGAAGUUAUCAUAGCCAUCUAAGCUAUUAUAUAUUUCAUACUGAUAUUUUGACGUCUGUAUAAUGAAAAUAGCUGUAUUUUUGCGAUUUCGUGAUCCCGCGCUGGUGGGAAAUGUUAGUAAUGCAUUUAAAAAGCCUUUCAUCUAAUAGACUGUGUGGCCAAUGGAAUUCUUCACGCUAUACAUAUAUACGCGGUAAUGUCGGAAAUGGAAAAAUAGAUAUUUCACGAACCCCUGCAUUGUGUAGUCGCGGUUGUGUCGUGCCCGUAUCAUGAAAUCCAAUCCGUAAAGGUGUUUUAUUGUGAAUAAAGUCCUGUUGUGAUCAUUCGA